GCACAGGGCUACUCAUACUCCCGCCCUGCAGAUGGCGCUAGGUCUCUUGCUGCAUUAAAUGGUAUCUGAGGACCCACCACAAAAGAAUUGGCAGGAAGCGUGAGGUCCGUCUGGCUGCUAGAGGCUAGUAGAGAUAAGUGAUCAGCAUGGCACUGAACGGAGAUGACGACUACGACUGGGAGCCGCCGACGGAGGCCGAGAUGAAGGUGCUCGAGGCGCAGCGCGAACGGCAGGACAAGAUCAGCAAGCUGAUGGGCGGCUAUCUGCUGAAGGGCUACAAGAUGCUGGGCGACUGCUGCCAGCACUGCGCGACAAUUCUCCUGGAGGACCGACAGAAAAACCUCUACUGCGUGGCCUGCCAGGAGCUGGACUCGGACGUUGAUAAAGACAACCCAGCCCUGAACGCACAGGCGGCCCUCUCCCAGGUGCGUGAGCGUCAGUUGGCGAGCCAGCCGCAGUCCAACGGCGAAGCCGGCCCCUGCCCCUCCAGCGGCACCCCCCGGCCCAUCCGCACGCUGCCCAGACCGGAGCACUGCGAGGGGGCCGCGUCCGGACUCAGAGCCCCCGCCGGAGCCUCCGCCGGCUGGCCCUCCUCCUCCUCCUCCUCCUCCUCCAUCUCCAUCACCACCGCCAGCCCUGCUCCUGCCCCCGCCCCCGUCCUGCCCCCCACCCCACGCCCCAGCGCUGCUGCGCCCCUUGACCCGGCCGCGGUGUCCCCGGGCGGGGGUGCGACUCCAGGGCGUCCCCUGGCGGCGGUGGCGGCGGCCGCGGAGCUGCAGCAGGCUCUGGGGGAGGCGGAGACGGCGCUGCUGGGGAAGCUGGCGUGGGCCUCCAGUCUGCUGGACCAGACGCCCUCCGUGGAGGCCAGCGUGCAGCUCUGCCAGCUCAUCCAAAGCUGCGCCGCCUCGCUACGCAGCAUCAAGGACCUGCAGAGAGACUAGACACACACACACAGAUAUACACACACACACACACACACACACAUACACACACAUUCACUCUCCCACUUACAUACGUUCACAUGCAGACAUUAGAAAACACUCCUCCCAUAAUGACCACCCCCUAUACACACGCACACACACGCUGGUGGGAGUGAGCUCCCAUCUUGGAGACUGUUAUUGAGAUGGUUAACACACACGCAGAGUGUGCUUGCGGAGUGCGUUUGCAUGUUGUUGAAGUCCGUGUUAUAAUUGUGUUAAGACAUUAUAAGACAAGCAUUGGGAAGGCUGUCGUACUCAAUAAAAACCAUUACAGAA